CAGACCACCAGAGGUCAUGUCAUCAGUGGAGGUUGAUAAACAUUGGGCCACGAUUCAUACCCGUACGUUUGGACCUGGCCAAGAUGUUAGGAGUGGGCAUAAGUUUUGUGUCUUUGAGUUUGAUCAUUUGCUUAAUAUUUGGAGGUUUGGUAGUUCUAAGACCAUUAUUUAAAACAUGGCAACUCAUAAGUCAACUUCCUGGACCGAAAUCGCAUCCUUUGUUCGGGCAUGCAUUUCAAUUAGAGAGGGAAGCAAAUGCUUUCUUUAUGCAGAUAAUGAGAUGGACUCAAAAUCAUCGACAUUUUGGAUUGUUUCGAAUUUGGCUUGGAUUCCUUCCAUGCGUACUUACUUUCAAAGCAGAGUCAGUUGAACCAAUUUUGAAGUCAAACAAGCAUAUAACUAAAUCAUACAUGUACACAUUUCUUCAUCCAUGGCUUGGCACAGGACUUCUUACCAGCACUGGCUCAAAAUGGCAAACACGCCGCAAGAUGUUGACACCGACAUUUCACUUCAAGAUUCUGAAUGAUUUCAUGGAUGUGUUCAAUGAACAGGCUGAGAUACUUGUCACAAACUUAGAGCAGAAAGCAGAUGGAACACAAUUUAAUGUUUUCUUCUUGCUAACAGCUUGUGUAUUGGACAUAAUCUGUGAGACUGCUAUGGGUGAAUCAGUAAAUGCUCAAAGUGAUAUGGAAAAUGAAUAUGUAAAGGCAGUAUUGAAAUUGUCUGAGUUGCUUCAGGAGAGACAAAAAAGCCCCUGGCUGUGGCCCGACUUCAUUUAUAAUCGAUUGUCAUCUGGAAAACAACAUGCUGAAUGUUUGCGUAUUCUUCACGGCAUGACAAUAAGGGUAAUUGAAAAGCAUGGAGCAGAAUUGAGGGAACAGCUAGCAAAACAGAAGGCAGAGGGUGCUGUUUCAUCUGCGGAACCUCGAAAUAUUGGAAAGAGAAAACGACUUGCAUUUCUAGAUCUACUCUUGUAUAUGCAAAAUGAAGAUCCAAGCUUUACAAUUGAUGACAUACGUGAAGAAGUAGAUACUUUCAUGUUUGAGGGUCAUGACACCACUGCAGCUGCUGCUAACUGGGCUAUGUAUAUGCUAGGCUCCAAUCCAGAAGCUCAAAAACGUCUUCAUGAGGAAUUGGACAGUGUAUUUGGAGGCAGUGAUCGACCGGUCACCACUGACGACUUCAAAGAUUUGAAAUAUCUAGAAUGUGUUGUCAAAGAAACACUUCGUUUAUUUCCCUCUGUACCUAUAUUUGGGCGUACAGCCGACAAAACCCUAUCAUUGAAUGGUUGUGAAAUACCUGAAGGAACACAGGCAUUUGUGCUCACUUACGCCCUGCACCGAGACGAACGCUAUUUUCCAGAGCCAGAGAAGUUUAACCCGGAGAGAUUCCUACCCGAAAAUUCUGUUGACAGGCAUCCAUUUGCAUAUGUACCAUUCUCGGCUGGACCACGGAAUUGCAUAGGUCAACGUUUUGCCAUGUUUGAGGAGAAAGUGAUACUAGCCCACAUAUUUCGAAAAUUCAAAGCUGAAGCAGUUCAGGAAUUUGAAGACCUCAAGAUUCAUGGUGAAAUUGUCUUGCGUCCAUCUGCUGGAAUUGAAAUUAAGCUAACAAAGCGAAAGUAACCAAGUACUGUAGCAUUAUUAGUUAGGCGAGACUUUUUUAUACCAUGUUUAGCGAACCCGCCGACUGCAAAUAUCGAUGAUUUCCAAAUAAAAAUGAAAUUUUAUUUUUGGCCAAUUAGCGCACCCACUGUUCCCACGAAAAAGUGG